CUUCGUGCACAAAUGGGCGUUUUUGUUGCACAGUUGAAAAGCAGCAAAAGGAGAAAGCGCGUGCUUUGAUAGAGCGUUCGAGUUCUUUUUCCAGUAAUUUUAUUAAAAAAAUGACUGCAAGUUGAGAAAAGUUUAACCGAAGACUGCCGCUGGUGUUACGAAAGUCUUUGUCACGAUGGGAUGUCGGAACAGUUCUGAAAGUAAACGUGACUGGAAGCCGCUGGAGGAGCGCUGCUGCACAGACAUUCCGUGGCUCAUCGUCUUCACACUGUUUUCUAUCGGAAUGGUGUGCAUUUGUGGCUUUGCCAUUGCCACAGGAGCUGCCUCCAGGCUCAUCUCAGGAUACGACAGCUAUGGAAACACCUGUGGUCAAAAGAACUCCAAAAUCGAGGGAGUAGACCUCAGUGGCCGUGAAAUGAACGACAAAAAGUAUGUCUUCUUUCUUGACCCCUGCAAAAUCGACUUGAUUAACAGGAAGAUACAGUCCAUUGCCUUGUGUGUUUCCAAAUGUCCUGUCACUGAACUGAAGACAUACAGUGAUUUAAAGCAGUUUGCUUUGAAUAAUGGGUCCGAGCUCUGCUCCUAUGAUAUUUCUCCUACAAGAUAUCCAAACCAUGCGGAAAGAUUCAGUAAAUGCCCCAAACUCCCCGUUCCACCAAGCAAGCCCAUCCCAGUGUUCCACCGCUGUAUUCCUGUAGAUGUUGGCUGCUACGCUGAAUUUGCACAGGCUUUCGUCACAUUCGUCAGUGAUAACAGUGUUCUGCACCGAGUCAUCACUGGAGUGAUGGCCAGCAAGGAGAUCAUCAUGGGCCUCUGUCUGCUUGCACUGGUUCUUUCCCUCAUCAUGAUGGUUGUUAUCCGUUACAUCUCCAAAGUAUUGGUGUGGAUCCUAACAGCUCUUGUUGUCAUUGGCUCUAUAGGUGGCACAGGUGUCCUGUGGUGGUUAUAUGUGGACCACAAAAAUGCUCUUGAUAACAAAACCACUUCUGUAUUUGGAAAAGAAGUUGCUGCAGACAAUGUCAAGGCCCUGCUUAUUUAUGCGAUUGGAGCUACUGUUUUCACAGUAAUCCUGCUGCUGGUGAUGUUCUUCAUGCGGAAACGUGUGGCUCUCACCAUUGCACUUUUUCACGUGGCUGGGAAGGUGUUCAUCCAUCUUCCCCUGCUGGUGCUGCAACCUUUCUGGACUUUCCUCUGCCUCAUGCUAUUUUGGGUCUACUGGAUUGCUGUGCUUCUCUUUCUCGGGACUGCAGGGACUCCGAUUAAGAACAACGCUACAGGUCUGGUUGAAUAUCAGAUGAAAGGGCCUCUUCAGUACAUGGUGUGGUACCAUGCUGUUGGUCUCAUCUGGAUCAAUGAGUUCAUUCUUGCCUUCCAGCAGAUGACCAUUGCUGGAGCUGUGGUCACUUACUACUUCACAAGGAAUAAGUCCCAGAUGCCAGCAACUCCCAUCCUGUCUGCCAUGGCACGUACAGUCCGCUACCACCUGGGUACUGUGGCCAAAGGCUCUUUUAUAAUCACACUGGUUAAGAUCCCUCGUCUCAUCUUGACGUACAUUCACAGCCAGCUCAAAGGAAAGGAAAACGCCUGUGCACGCUGCAUGCUGAAAGCUUGUGUUUGCUGUUUGUGGUGUCUUGAGAAAUGUCUUGCAUAUUUGAAUCAAAAUGCUUACACUGCAACAGCAAUUAACAGCACCAGCUUCUGUACCUCGGCACGUGAUGCCUUUUUGAUCCUGGUGGAGAAUGCCCUCCGCGUGGCUGCCAUUAACACUGUGGGCGACUUUGUCCUCUUCUUGGGAAAGGUGCUGAUAGUUUCUUGUACAGCUUUUGCCGGUGUCUUUACCCUAAACUACCAGAGGGACUACACCGUGUGGGUGCUGCCUCUCCUCAUCGUCUGCCUGUUUGCCUUUCUGGUGGCUCACUGCUUCCUUUCUGUCUUUGAGAAUGUGGUCAACGUUCUGUUCCUCUGCUUUGCUGUUGACACAAAGUAUAACGAUGGCAGCCCUGGACGGGAGUAUUACAUGCCCAAAGCCUUAAUGGAAUUUGUUGAGAACAGUAAGAAAAUGGGAAUGUAUAAACCAGAUGAUGGAGAUGGACGAGAGAUGAAGCCAAUGACUCGUGGGGGAACUUUAGCUUGACCAAGCAGCAAAAUUGAUGCCAAACUACUGGAAAUGCACAAUUAACUCAGUGUGAAAGAAGAUUUUUGAGAUAAGUGGCUCAUGUGUGUGCUUCCCUCAGUUUCAGGACAAAUGUAACAAGGUUGUAAUGUUUUUGUUUGUUUGUUUUUUUAAUGGGGUGAUACAUAUUUUUACACUGAUACUUAUAACUUACAAAGAGUUCAUUUGUUUGUUUUAUAAAAAGUGUCUGCUGUUCUUGUCCUUUCUUUAUGCUUGAUUUGUAAUAUCAUAGUUUGUUAAAAUGAUUUACUAUUUGGUUGUAUUAAUUAUUACUUUUUUUUUUCAUACCGGAUUUUAGUUCAUUGUGCUUUUUUGUAAUGGCCCACUGUGGCUUGUCAAAGACUCAUUUUCAUGAGCUGAAAGAUGGAAUGUUCCAUUUUUCAACUCAUGAAAAUAUUCUUUCCAUUGCAUUGUGUACUACUGUUUAUAGUGAAACAAAAUAAAACUUUUAUGGUGUCUUUU